CUGGUUUUAUAGUUGCUGAGCUGUGCAGAAGAUGUGCAUGCUGCAGUGGCUGGUGGAGUGACGAUGUUCAUCUCUGAUAAACACCUGGCCAGGUGGCGGUGUGAGCCUCCUCUUCUCAAUCCACCAUAAACUCACAGACACAGAAGAAGACGAGCUGCAGUUUUCCCAUCUGACUGUCUGUAUAUUUCUGAUCAGGUUUUAAUCAGACAGCUGGAGAGUAUCAGAUUAAAAAUAAAAGCUUGUUGUGUCCUUACUUGAGGAGGUUAAAUGAAUUCUGCUUUAAAGCCAAGGCGAGAAAGGAAUAAUGUUACAAGUCAUCUCCUGCUGCUUAUGUCCAGUUUCUUACACCUUUCAAACUGACCUUCACAAACACAUCAAGAGAUGGCACUAUUUCAGAAAUUUGGAGAAAUCAAAUCUGAGAGUUUGUCCCCAGUGAGCUCCAGCAGUCAGUCUGGUUCUCUCCUCAAGAAGACCUCACCCAAACUAAUGUGGGAAAAAAUCUUCCACUGCUCAGACUGUGGGAAGAGUUUUACUAAACUGGGAUACCUCAGAGAUCACCAGAGAAUUCACACUGGAGAUCAAGUAUAUCACUGCUCAGAGUGUGGGAAGAGUUUUAAUCGACAGAGUACCCUCCAAAUACACAAGCGCACUCACACAGGAGAAAAACCAUAUCAGUGCAUCCAGUGUGGGAAGAGUUUCGCUCAACAGCAGAAUCUCCAAACACAUCAGCGCAUUCACACUGGAGAGAAGCCGUAUCAGUGCUCACAGUGUGGGAAGAGUUUUAAUCACAAGAAAACUCUACAACAACACCAGAGCGUUCACACCGGAGAGAAACCGUAUCACUGCUUACACUGUGGGAAGCGUUUCGCUCAACAGCAGAAUCUCCAAACUCAUCAGCGCAUUCACACUGGAGAGAAGCCAUAUCAGUGCUCAGAGUGUGGAAAGUGUUUUUCUCAAAACAGCCGUCUCCAAAUACACCAACGCACACACACCGGAGAGAAGCCAUAUCACUGUUCACAGUGUGGAAAGAGUUUUAGUGGGAGACGUACUCUCAAAAAACACCAGAGAAUUCACACUGGGGCGAAACCCUAUCAGUGCUCAGAGUGUGGGAAGAGUUUUAAUCGACAGAGUCAUCUCCAAAUACAUCAGCACAUUCACAGUGGAGAGAAGCCGUAUCAGUGCAUCCAGUGUGGAAAGAGUUUUAGUGAGAGAGCUACUCUGAAAGAACACCAGCGUGUUCACACCGGCGAGAAGCCAUACCAGUGCUCGCAGUGUGGGAAGAGUUUCAUUCGAAGUAGUCAUCUCCAGCGACAUCAGCACAUUCACACAGGAAAGCGGCCAUAUCAGUGUUCAGAGUGUGGGAAGAGUUUUACUCAACACUGUACACUUCAGCGACACCAGCGCAUUCACACAGGAGAGAAACCGUAUUACUGUAUACAGUGUGGAAAGAGUUUUACACGACUAAGUUAUCUUGAAAGACACCAGCGGAUUCACGCAAGAGAGAGGACGUAUUGGUCCAGCCCGGACGAGACUUCCUAGAGGACUUCACAGUAAACACUGGCAGCUGUAUGAAAACAGUGUAUGUGCAGAUAUGAUCAGAGCACAAAGAAAUCAGGAACAGUGUAUUAAUUGUAGAUCACUGCGUCAUUUUAAAUAGUGCCUAUCAAAGUGCUCUUCCAGCAAGUGAUAGUAGUUAUCAGUAGUGCUGAGAUUAGAAUAGUGGAUUAUAUAGUAGAAACAACAAACUAUUCUUCAACUCCUGAGUCACUCACAGUCAUGAAGACACUGUCUUUUAUAUUACAUAGUUUUGUUUUCUUUAUUUUAAAAUGUUAAAGUGUUAAAAGUUUUGAAAUGGUUCCUGAUCUUUAGUGAUUGCGCUACUAACACAUAGAUUAUAAAUAUAAAGGGAUAUACAGUUAGGUAUAUGAAUAUUUGGACAGUGACACAAUUUUGUUAAUGUUGCCUCUGUACACCACCACAAUGGAUUUGAAAAGAAGCAGUCAAGAUGGGAUUGAAGUGUAGACUUUCAGCUUUAAUUCAAGAGGUUUAACAAAAAUAUUGCAUUAACUGUAACAGACUCUGUAACUUGAAUUGAAUUUCCCAUCAGUUCACAGUGUGCAUCCCCAAACUCUAAUUUACCAGAAAUCAUUCAAAGUCUGACAUCUUGAAGGAUGUGCUUAUAGAUGCGCUUGUAAGGGGAACUCUUAAGGGACUCUAGUAUGAGCGAUCCCACGGCAUGAGAUGCCACAGUGGACUCUUGCGUACAAGGACACCUUGCUCACUUCAGAAAGGUUUUGACAAAUUUCUGAGCCCGUUCUGAGCCCAGGUCCGUCUGUGCCCUACCAACCUUUUCCCACAUCUGGGACACGACUUCUGGGUCUCAACAGGGCAUUCCCUGCACCAUUGUCUCAUCCUGGCAAGUGAGUUGCUCUCAGUGAGGCUAACCCACAUGAGGAACAUUUGUGCAAGGCUAAGUCAGUCAUCCAACCUCAUGCCAACCUGGUGAUUAAUAUAUCUGUCUGUCACAACUUUGUCUGAAUCGACCAGCACAUGGCAGUGUCUCAGGAACUGGUAAGCAGGAUUUGAGGUCUAGAUCAGCCUCCCUUGGUUCCAGCCGGUUGAUGUAUUUUACACUCACAGUGGGUUGCAUAUGCCUCCUGUGCCUCAGGCAGUGAGGGAGAUGUUUGAGGUGACUAUCUCUCCUCAGUGGGGCAUCGCUCCCACACAGACCCCUUUCAUGAGAAAGACUUGUGCCUCAUGUCUAGAGUGACAAAAUAUCAUUAUCACGAUAUUUAAGGACAUUUCUAUGAUACACAAUAUGUAUUAUAUGUUUGUUACCAAACUUUAAUUUAUUUAAUUUGAUUUUACUAAUUUAACCCUUUUUUUAAUGGCUUGCUCCAUAUUGGAGACAUAUAGGAGUCCAAAUCCUGUAGUAUCUAUAUGCCUCUAUUCAUCAUGGGUGACCCGGCUGUCUGCAUACAUCUCAAACACGCAGCAUGCUAGAGAAAUAAAAGUUAUUAUUAUUAUUGUUAUUAUUGUUAUUAUUAGAAAGGCGGAAGGGCUGAACUUGGAACGGAAAUUGAAAUGCCUGUUCUUUGAAAGAAAAAAAAAACUCAAAAAAACUAUGGUUAAAAUCUGGUGUGAUGGGAAAAUUAAUAUAUUCAUUGCACACAUCUACUGACGUGAACCUCUAUCACACGUCUUAUGGUACUACAGCAUGAACAACAUCUGAUAGCUUUAACCUUGAAAUUAUGAAAUGUAUCAUAAUUGAUUAGUUUAUUGCUGUAACAUUUGGAUCUACAUGUUGUUGCUGGGUUAUAGCCUGAAGUAGACUGUCGUGUGCUAGCUUUGGCUGGUAGGCAGAAGGAUCUGAAAUAUAGAAGUGAAGGGGAACUGUGCCUGUCCGCAGUCUGAGAGUCCUCACACCAGUUCAACCUAAAACUGAUGAGAAACUCGCAUUCGCAAUAGGCUACAAGGUGAGACCUUAUCUCUGUUUUAACCUGGCUUAAACUUAUACACGAAUGCACUGUAGUGAAUCGCGGUAUACUGGUUCUUUGGGGACUGUAUAUUUGGUUAUAUUAAUGUGCCUCAUAUUUUUUUAACUGGGAGCACAGUGACAUCUAGUGGUGCGCAGUAAUUAUUGCAGCCAGAAAGUUAAGGCUGUGGAGCACCUUGUUGAUUUCAUAGUUUUAAUCCAUUAUGUGCCUGAGAAUUCUGUGUAUUCAUUGUUUUCUGCUGAUAACAUUCUGUUAAAGUGCUUCAAUAAAUGUUAUGUAUGUGAAAACAUUAUGAGUGUGAUUUUUAAAAUGUCUUGUUCCGGAGAUUUGCUGCCAUCACUGCAAACAGUAUGAAAGUAUAUAAGCACCAAUCAGUCGAAUGUUAUGAUUACUAAUUAAACAUUAGAUUUCAUGUUGUAUUACGUACUGUAUAUUCAUGGGUUUGAUUUGCACAAGUAGUCCAUGUGAAGGGAGAACAGGUUUGCUGUGAGGAAAGGUGAGCAAAGGUGAAAGAAGAUCAUAUCCCCAUAUGGGAUGUUUGUGCAACAUUAUAAAGAGAAAGGACAGUGUAUAUGGUGCUGUAUGGAUUGUGAAUGUCGAACUGUGUGUGUGUGUGUGUGUGUUGAAGAUUUUUAUUUAAUAACAGUAUUUGCUCCACUUUGCUGGGCUUCAGGCGGCUUCUUCUCUGGCUAUUUCGCUAUUUUGCCAAUCUUGCCAUCCUCUCGCAGGAUACAGAGGAUGCUGGUGUGAUUAGGUAUUGAAUUGCAACUUGAUAAAGCAAUUUAUGAGUUACUCAGUAGUUUAGUUGGUCCUCUGACGCUGGGAGUUUUGGGUCUUUUAAAUACGUAAACAAACAGAAGGAACAUGUAGUCAAUCUGAUCCAAUGCCUCCAACAGCAGAAAUCAACAUAGAACAUACACUAUAUGGCCGAAAGUAUACGGACACCUGACCAUCACACCCAUAUGUGCCCAUUCCAAAACCAGGUGUGGGCCCUUUAUUUACAGUGAAGGGAAAUUGUAUCCUUUAUUUACAAAGGCAUUCUAUACAGUUGUGUGCUUCCAACUUUGUGGGAACAGUUUGGGGAAGAACCUCAUAUGGGUGUGAUGGUCAGGUUAGAUUUUGGUCAUACAGCAUACUUUAUCUUUGGACCUCAGCAGUGUCAAGCAGAUCCCAGAGCUUUCUGUCAGCUGGAUGCUGUGGUGUUGAUGGUGAUACUGAUUGUGGUGA